AGGUGCUCGGCUACACCUUCCUUCGGCCCAAAAGGACCUUCCUGGCCGCACGGAACCGACCCUUCCUUCAUGCUGCAGUGCUGCAACAUUUCCGCCACCGAGGGGGAAAAGCGGCCGCGAUCCCAAACAAAACACAAGAAUUGGUGUGUGACUCAUCUGCUUGGAUACCUCCAGUCCCUGAACUGUCUUCCAGGAGUUUUCUUAGCCGGAGCUGACCGAUGUUUGAGCCUUUUCUUCCCAGGGAAGAGGAUGGACUGAAAGCUGCCAGUCGGGGACUUUGUCUGAUCAGGGCGCUGCUGGGUUUUAAAGGAGGUGAUGGGGCUUGCGCUGGCUUGUCUUCCCACUCAAGUGAAGAGUUGUUGAUGUUCACUGGUUAUGCUUAGACAAUGCGCAGUUUGUUUUAAUUUAAAAUUUUGGGGGGGAUAGGGGUAUAAGCUUGUGAAGGGCAGUCCGGAUCCGGUGGAACUCCUCUUUGUCCCUUGGUAGGAGAGACACCCCAGUCUGUCCUCGAUGCCGUCAGCCUUGGCCAUCUUCACUUGCCGCCCGAACUCGCACCCAUUUCAGGAGCGCCAUGUCUACCUGGACGAACCUAUUAAAAUCGGCCGCUCCGUGGCCCGCUGUCGACCAGCUCAGAAUAAUGCUACCUUUGAUUGCAAAGUGCUGUCAAGGAACCACGCUCUCGUCUGGUUUGAUCACAAGACGGGCAAGUUUUAUCUCCAAGACACUAAAAGUAGUAACGGUACCUUUAUAAAUAGCCAGAGAUUGAGUCGAGGCUCUGAAGAAAGUCCACCAUGUGAAAUUCUUUCUGGUGACAUUAUCCAGUUUGGGGUAGAUGUAACGGAGAACACACGGAAAGUUACCCAUGGGUGUAUUGUUUCUACAAUAAAACUUUUUCUACCAGAUGGUAUGGAAGCCCGGCUCCGCUCAGAUGUCAUCCAUGCUCCAUUACCAAGUCCUGUUGACAAAGUUGCUGCUAACACUCCAAGUAUGUACUCUCAGGAACUAUUCCAGCUUUCUCAGUAUCUACAGGAGGCCUUACAUCGGGAACAAAUGUUGGAACAGAAGUUAGCCACACUUCAGCGGCUACUAGCCAUCACCCAAGAGGCUUCAGAUACCAGUUGGCAGGCUUUAAUAGAUGAAGAUAGACUCUUAUCACGGUUAGAAGUUAUGGGAAACCAAUUACAGGCAUGCUCUAAAAAUCAAACAGAAGAUAGUUUACGGAAGGAACUUAUAGCAUUACAGGAGGAUAAACACAACUAUGAGACGACAGCCAAAGAGUCCCUGAGGCGGGUUCUUCAGGAGAAAAUUGAAGUGGUUAGAAAACUUUCAGAAGUUGAGCGAAGUCUGAGUAAUACUGAAGAUGAAUGUACCCAUCUGAAAGAAAUGAAUGAACGGACUCAGGAAGAAUUAAGAGAAUUAGCCAAUAAAUAUAAUGGAGCAGUAAAUGAGAUUAAAGAUUUGUCUGAUAAAUUAAAGGUAGCAGAAGGAAAACAAGAAGAAAUCCAACAGAAGGGACAAGCUGAGAAAAAAGAAUUACAACAUAAAAUAGAUGAAAUGGAAGAAAAAGAACAGGAGCUCCAGGCAAAAAUAGAAGCUUUGCAAGCUGAUAAUGACUUUACCAAUGAGAGGCUAACAGCUUUACAAGUACGGUUAGAACAUCUUCAGGAGAAAACUCUUAAAGAAUGCAGCAGCUUAGGGAUACAAGUUGAUGACUUCUUACCUAAAAUAAAUGGGAGCACAGAAAAAGAGCACUUGCUUUCAAAGAGUGGCGGGGACUGCACUUUUAUUCAUCAAUUCAUAGAAUGCCAGAAGAAGCUGAUCGUCGAGGGGCAUCUAACCAAAGUGGUAGAAGAAACAAAGCUUUCAAAAGAAAACCAGGCAAGAGCGAAGGAAUCUGAUUUGUCGGAUACUCUGAGUCCAAGCAAGGAAAAGAGUAGUGACGACACUACAGACGCCCAAAUGGAUGAGCAAGACCUAAAUGAACCUCUUGCUAAAGUGUCCCUAUUAAAAGAUGACUUGCAGGGCGCACAGUCAGAAAUUGAGGCAAAACAAGAAAUUCAGCAUCUGCGCAAGGAAUUGAUUGAAGCCCAGGAACUAGCUAGAGCAAGUAAACAAAAAUGCUUUGAACUUCAAGCUCUUUUGGAAGAAGAAAGAAAAGCCUAUCGAAAUCAAGUUGAGGAGUCCAGUAAACAAAUACAGGUUCUUCAAGCCCAACUACAGAGGUUACACAUCAAUAUUGAGAAUCUCCGGGAGGAGAAGGACAGUGAAAUCACAAGCACUCGAGAUGAACUGCUUAGUGCCCGGGAUGAAAUUUUACUCCUUCAUCAAGCAGCAGAAAAGGCUGCCUGUGAGCGGGACACUGACAUUGCCUCAUUACAAGAAGAGCUUAAGAAGGUGCGAGCUGAGCUUGAGCGGUGGCGGAAAGCAGCGUCUGAAUAUGAGAAAGAAAUCACAAGUCUACAAAAUAGUUUUCAGCUUCGAUGUCAGCAGUGUGAGGACCAGCAGAGAGAGGAAGCAACAAGGCUACAAAGUGAACUAGAGAAGUUGAGAAAGGAAUGGAAUGUAUUGGAAACCGAAUGCCAUUCUCUAAAAAAGGAAAAUGUUUUGUUAUCAUCAGAACUGCAGCGACAAGAAAAAGAAUUGCACAAUUCUCAGAAGCAGAGUUUAGAGCUUACCAGUGAUCUCAGCAUCCUUCAGAUGACUAGGAAAGAGCUUGAGAAUCAAGUGGGAUCUUUGAAAGAACAGCAUCUUCGGGAUUCAGCUGAUUUAAAAACUCUUCUCAGUAAGGCUGAAAACCAAGCAAAGGAUGUACAGAAAGAGUAUGAAAAGACACAGACUGUACUCUCAGAACUGAAGUUGAAGUUUGAAAUGACUGAGCAGGAAAAACAAUCAAUCACAGAUGAGCUCAAACAAUGUAAAGACAACCUGAAGCUGCUCCGAGAGAAAGGAAACACAGAACCCUGGCCCUGGAUGCCCAUGUUGGCUGCCCUGGUUGCGGUGACAGCCAUCGUGCUGUACGUGCCAGCGGCCAGAGCUUCUCCAUGAGAGCGUUUCUUGAGUCCGUACACCGUCCUCCCUUUAGAAGCUGGCAUCACACUCAUGCUGGGGACAAACAGAACCAUUUUUAUUCCUUUUUACCUCUUAAGACAGCAGAAGUGCAAGAAUACAGCUGUAGGGUCAUGCUUUAACUUAUAUAAAAUGUAUCUAUCUAUAAAGAGGAUAUAAAAUUGUGACUUUAUUCUACUGUAAGCAAUAAUUUGCUUGCCAAUUUUUCAUGUUAAUUUUUAAAUUAGUAUGUGAGAUUCUGAAUAUUAUGGUGGCCUAAAGUAGGCUUCUUGUACACCAAAUUAUUUAUAACAUAAAUUUAUGGGUAUUUUACUCUGAAUUCUAAUGGCCAGAUAAUUCAUUUUUCUGAUUCGAUAACUACCAAACCAAACAACCAACACAUACAUGGGAGAGAGGCCCUGUGUGCUCAAGUGCCUAUAAGUUUGAAAUAUAUACACAUAUAAUAAUAUUUUUUACUAUUUACGCCAUUUUUACUUGUUAUAAAACCACUGAGCUAUUGGGAACAAGACUUAGAGACAACUAUUUUUGCGUGGAUUUCUUCUUUCUUUCUUUUUCUUUCUUUUUUUUUUUUUUUUUAAGAAGAAUACACUUGGAAAAUAUUCUGUUCUAGUGAUAAUUUGGGGAAUAUGUGCACGCUUGUUCAGCCUUAAUGUGACUUGACGAUGGGAGGACAUCAACUUUGAAAAACUUUCCAUGAGAGUGUGUAUUUUCUUGAGCAAACUGAAGUAUUUCUGGGAGCAAAAACAGUAAUUCUACCAAUUCAGUGCAGUAAACCAAACUGUUGAGUCAAUUGGAAUGCAAUUUAUUAAACCUCAUGUAUUUAAAGAGAUAUUUUCUUUAAAAGCCAAGUUACUUUCUCCAUAUACAGCAUUUUAGGAAGCAUGAUUUUUUUUUUCUAUCAUCUCUUCCUCCAAGCAUGUUUAAUUGAAGAAAGAAUUAAUAUCUCUUAGAUAAGCUUUUACUGACUUAAUUUGGUUAUGAUAUUUCAAAGCUAAUUUCAUGUUCACGGGAGCUGUUGUUACCUACCAACAGAUUUCCUGGUCCGGUAUGCAAUGGUUAUUUUCUUUUACUGUUGUUAAUUGGGACAUUCUGUUUACGAGAAGCAUUAUUCCCAAGAUUAGUAGUGUUCCAUGCACAGUGAAGCACCUAAAAGCACUGCUUGAUGUUAUAAAUUUAAAAACACAGAAGGAAAGUUUAGCUAUGGUUUUGUGCGGCACCACAGUUAUGUCAAUAAAAUUUAUUUAGGUCAUAGAAUAUCCUAAAGUAUCACCUAGUUAAAUUUUUCAGUCAGCGCAACUGGGAGGAAUGUCAGUGAAUUGGCUCGAAUGUUCUGUGGCCAUUCACGGGGGCUAGCCAAGGGUGGAAUAGAAGUUUAGGAUAUAAUUUGCCUUGUGAUGUUUGGCAGUCGUUGUUUAUACUUAAAGGUUAUAUUUUAAGCUAUUUGGGAUUUGCUGUUGGGAGUAUCACUAGAUUUAUGGAGGACUAGUCACCAAUGACUUGUAGAAAAUGCUGUCAUAUAGUCAUUUCAUCAUUUUCUGUUGCAGGAAGCACUCCACCACAGAAUGCUAAUAUGCCAGUGGUACCCAGUACCUCUUGUAUAUAGGUUAUUGCAAAUAUUGUUCUGAAAUGCUUAACUUCAGAAUUACAUUUUUUAAAGUAAAUAAUUGUUUUAAAUCUAUUUUGUAAAGAUAAAGUACAAUAGAAUUUCUGGAGUACAGAUUAAACUAUUUGCACUAACACACGUGAUGUGCAUGAUUUAAUAAAAUAACUUUACUUCUCCCUAUGCA